AAGUGUUACCAUGUUUACUUUGUUGGCUCCCUUAUACUUGAGUGUAACCUUAGUUCAUGGUCUAUGUGGCGAUAAUAUUCGCUGGUCACACAGAGUUAACAUGGAUGACGUCUAUGGGGUGUGGUACGGAGUUGGAUAUGCCCAGCACAAUCCUGAUAUGACUAACAAGCCUAAUGAAGUAGGCUGUGUUACGUUGUACAUAUCAGAUGCAAGUGACGAAAUAAAUUAUACAGACAAUUAUAUCGAUUGGCUUAUACCUAGAGGUAAUUUCACGGACCAAAAGUGGAGAUCGUCAAAAAGCAAUCCGUGGUCUGGAGACUCACUAGCUGGAUCGUGGAUGGAUAUACGACUGAAAAGAAGAGUCAAAAGGGACUUAUUUGGUCAAAAACAAAUUCGUGUAUUGUGGGACGAAGAUGGCCACACUAUGGAACAGGACUAUCUAUAUUAUCCCGAAGAACCUGGAUUUUGGACUGCAAAUACGAUGUCGACUUAUGAAAGAGAAAUGAAAGCCAGGGGUGUGGAGGUUUGGUACCCCGAUGAUCCACCCCGUCACCCAGAUGUGAUACGCCUGUUAAAAGUUACCCCAUUCACACUUAUAUUGAACCACUGCUCAGAGAUUGGUGAUGGUGGCAUUUUUUCUUUGGUAUUAAGGAGGACGCCUUCAAGAGUCGAGCGCUGGGAGUGGUACCAAUACCAACAGCAAUUUUUUAAGUUUGAAUUACCUAAUGUGUAUCGUUAUACAGCUGUUUGUGCGUCCUGUAUAGAUUCUAGUUCUUUAGUAAUUGUAUUCUUUUGUUUAUGUUUAACUAUCAUUCAAAGGUUUUUGUAAAUGUGCAAGCAUCAGUUUUAGAUUAAUUGCCCUUCUUAUAUUGUGUCAAUGGGUUUUUGUUUAUAUAU